GAUCGGAGCGCGUGCAUUAAUUUCCAAACGGUGGACCUGCCUCUUCAUCAGCCCAAUGAGCGCGUGAAGGGGAGGCUCCCCGCGCGAAACACUUCACAUCUCCUUAAGCUCGCAUUCAGCGGUCUAGCAAACCAGGGUUUGGAUCCGCUGUGGUACUGCACUAGCUGACAGGAUUCUAAUUGUAUCCCUGCUUUUUGUUCAUUUUUUUUCCAUCUCUUUCCUCAAAUAAAAAAUGCAUAGACCAUUGACCAUUCUUGAGGAUACUUCUGCGUGAAGCUUACUAUGAUACAGACGACUGGAUACAAGCGAGUUUGGUUAACAUUCACGCCACCGUUACACCGCCGUCUGCUUCCUCAUGUUCAGCAAGGCCCGUCUGUUCGUCUCUUCCCUUUAGGUGAUGCGAGCUGAUGAGCUGACGGAUGGACAGUCCGGCGAGAAGAACGACACCCUUCUGCCCGAGGAAGCACAGCCCACCGUGCGAGCAGUCUCCGUCCGAACAUGAACGCUGAGGCCCGCCCUGGAAGUGGUUAGAAGAAACCAUUCCCUUUCAUUUUUUAAAAUUUUCUUCAUUUUUUUUUCUUUUUCUCCCACGAGCGUGCUUUUGCGCGUGCAUGUGCGUCGGCGGGAGAGCGGACUAUCUCGGGAAAUAAUGCCAAAACGGUCGGAGGAGAUGCUGGCAGAUUUGUGGACUUCAUUGCUGCUCAUGUGGAUUACGUGCGCCCUUCAUGUUUCCAUGGCUCCCUUCAACAACCAGUCGAAAAGUUUACAAACUGGAUCUGGGGGCUCACGUGAGCCCUCCGAGGGACAACGAAUUCUGAGUCGUGCCAAGAGGGGAUGGGUGUGGAAUCAAAUGUUUGUGCUGGAAGAGUUCUCUGGACCUGACCCAAUUCUCGUUGGCAGGCUCCACACGGACCUGGACGUGGGCGGAAAGAACAUCAAGUACGUGCUGGCGGGCGAGGGCGCGGGCACCAUCUUCGCCAUCAACGAGAAGACGGGCGACAUCCACGCCAUGAAGCGGCUGGACCGGGAGGAGAAGGCCGAGUACACGCUCACGGCGCAGGUCAUCAACCGGGACACCAACGAGCCCCUGGAGCCGCCCUCCGAGUUCACCAUCAAGGUGCAGGACAUCAACGACAACGCGCCCGAGUUCAACAACGGCCCCUACCACGCCACGGUGCCCGAGAUGUCCGCAGUGGGCACAUCAGUCACCAAGGUGACAGCGACGGACGCGGAUGACCCGGUGUACGGGAACAGCGCAAGGCUGGUGUACAGCAUUUUGGAAGGACAGCCUUAUUUCUCCAUCGACCCCAACAGCGCGGACAUCAAGGUAGCCCUGCAGGCGAUGGACCGAGAAAUGAGGGAAGAGUACCUGGUCGUCAUUCAAGCCAAGGACAUGGGGGGUCACAUGGGAGGGCUGUCGGGGACAACGACCGUCACCAUCACGCUAACAGACAUCAAUGACAACCCGCCCAAAUUUUCAAAAAAUUUGUACGAAUUUACAAUACCGGAGGAUCUGGGCGUCGGAAAACCGGGAGGGAAAGUGAAGGCAAAUGACAGGGAUGUAGGAGAAAAUGGCCGCUCCACGUACAGCAUCAUUGAAGGGAACGAGAGGGAUUUUUUUGAGAUAACCACUGAUCCCCAGACACAGGAAGGAAUCCUUCGGCUAAAGAAGCGGCUGGACUUCGAGACGCAGAAGUUCUACGCGCUGAAGGUGGAGGCGACCAAUAUCAGGCCCAACGCGCAGCUGGACAGCGUCGGCCAGUUCAAGGACACGGCGACGGUGAAGGUCACGGUGGAGGACUGCGACGAGCCCCCCGUCUUCUCCAGGUCCACCUACACGCUGGACGUGCACGAGAACGCCACCGUCAACACUGUCAUCGGGCAGGUGGACGCCCGUGACCCAGACAUCACAGGAAGUCAAGUCAGGUAUUUCAUUGAUCGGCACACAGACCUGGAGAGGCAGUUUAAUAUUAAUGUUGAAGAUGGAAAGAUAACACUGGCAAAACCACUGGACAGGGAGACUGAGAUGUGGCACAACAUCACAGUGACAGCCACAGAAGUCAAAAAUCACAGUCAGAUCUCGCGGGCUAUCAUUGCCAUCCGAGUGCUGGACAUCAAUGACAACGCUCCGGAGUUUGCGACGGAAUUUGAAGCCUUCCUUUGCGAGAACGGGAAGCCUGGACAGGUGAUUCAGACCGUCAGCGCCGUCGACAGGGAUGACCCGCAAAAUGGACACUCUUUCCUCUACAGUCUGGUGCCUGAAAUGUUAAACAACCCAAACUUUACCAUUAAAAACAAUGGAGACAACUCAAUCAGCAUCCUGGCCAAACACGAUACCUUCCGGCGGCAGAAGCAGGAGAUGUACUACCUGCCUAUCAUCGUCACGGACAACGGGAACCCGCCAAUGAGCAGCACCAACACGCUCACCAUCCGCGUGUGCGGCUGCAGUCGGGAGGGAAUCGUCCAGUCCUGCAAUGUCGAGGCCUAUGUCCUGCCGAUCGGACUGAGCAUGGGAGCAUUGAUUGCAAUACUGGCCUGCAUAAUCUUACUCUUAGUCAUCGUCGUUCUUUUCGUGACGCUCCGGAGACACAAAAACGAGCCGCUGAUAAUCAAGGACGACGAGGACGUCCGCGAGAACAUCAUCCGCUACGACGACGAGGGCGGGGGCGAGGAGGACACGGAGGCCUUCGACAUCGCCACGCUGCAGAACCCCGACGGCAUCAACGGCUACCUGCCGCGGAAGGACAUCAAGCCGGACCUGCAGUUCAUGCCCCGGCAGGGCCAGAACUCGGGCCCCAACGGCGUGGACGUGGACGAGUUCAUCAACGUGCGGCUCCACGAGGCGGACAACGACCCCACGGCGCCGCCCUACGACUCCAUCCAGAUCUACGGCUACGAGGGGCGGGGCUCCAUCGCCGGCUCGCUCAGCUCCCUGGAGACGGCCUCCUCUGAGUCAGACCAAAACUUUGACUACCUCAGAGAGUGGGGCCCGCGCUUCAGAAGACUGGGGGAGCUUUACUCAGUGGGGGAGAGCGACAAAGAGACCUGACCGAGGAUCUAGCGGAAGCCCUUUUGACAUCAUCUGCAUACAUGUGUGUGUGUGUUUUGUUAGGGUUAUAGACAGACAUUGUAGACAGUUAUAAACCGCCAUUUUUAAAAAAAAUGGAGGGGGACCUGAUCAAGAAAUAUAUAAAUGAGCAAAACAAAACCAACAAAAAGAAAAAAAAAAAAAAAAAACAACUUCAUAGAGGACAGUCUAGCGACCAUCACCAACCACAUCAAAUGCAUUGUAAUUUUGAGCCAAACUAAACAAUGUCUCUAUUUAGGAGGUCUAUGAUUCUUGUGGUGUGAAUUAGAAUCUGUGAGUGUCUAGCAGUAUUUGAGGUGUUUUGUCAUUCACUGUGACCGCCUGGAGCAUGAAGAUUUGGAUUCUUGGUUGUCGCGCGAGGAGCCAAGAUGGAGGACGCUCACUGGUGCCGUGUGGGUGCCGGCUUGCUCAGACGCUGGAGGACGCCAAUCGAGAGUAGACCAUUGUCCAACCAAUCAGAAAGAAGAUGCUAAACAAUAAGAUCAUGAACUAUAUCAACCAGAAAACAGCAAUAUGUGAUCUUCAUUGCAGUAUUGAAUGUAAGUAUGAACACACAAAGAUAAAUCGAUUUCUCUAUUGGCUUUAAGAAGCAUUAGUUCUGAUACUCUUUGAUACCCAGUGGCUACAUUUAUUAUAUAAACUGGAUGAGCCUGUUGGCCUGCUUUAUACAAUUCUUUAUAUUCACCUGUUCUAUUAUCGAGUGUGUGCUGCACACUGAAAGAAGAUUAGCCUAUAACAGACCGUAGGAUGUAAAGACAAUUCUAGGUAAAACGAGGCCUUUUUACAAAAGCAAACAUCAGAUACUGAUUUUCUUUUUUCUUUUUCUUAAAAGGAAAUGCUGUUUCUUCGGUAGUGUGGCCAUCAUUUUAUAAUGUAAUUUGCUGGUUUUGUGUAACAGGUAUGAAAUGGGUGUUAUCUUGUUUCAUUCUAUGAACGUUUUUCACCAAGCUCGCUGUUAUACUGAAGCUAACCUAGAUGUCCAGGUGAUCUCAUAUGAAGAAGGGACAAACUAUUAAGUUAUGAAUAUAAGAAUAUUAUUAAGUUAAGAAUUUAAGUGUGUGGGUUUUUUUUUUUUUUGGGGAGGGGGCGAGGGGUUAUUGCAUACAGUCUGUAUAUAUAGAAUGAUCAUUGAAGCACAAUAGCUGGAAAAAUCUAGUUUGUAUGAAUAUUGGACCACUGAACACUGAAGAUUCAAUUAUCAAACUGGUAAUCUUAGCCCAUGAAAAAGAUACAGACAUGCUUAUUGUGCUAUACUGUAUAAUAUUAGACUAAAAUACAUGUACAUAGGAUAACUGCUAACUUUCUUAGCUUUUCUUUUAGGCAUUAGGUUUGUCUAUGCACGUAGGCUAUUGCACAUGAGAAUCUUGAAAGGCACUACAGCUUCGUGCAUACUCAAUUUGUACCAAUACAGUAUAUUGCAGUUCUCUGUAGACUCAACGGUAUAUAUGAAGUAGUCUUAUCUGCAAUUCAUAUUUUCUACUGUGCUUUUGACGCUUAUAAACUUAUGUAUGUUUCAUUAUUUACUCUCUGUAUUGUACUCAAAGAUACCCCUGUAUUGUUUCCUACUUUGUGAAAUAUAUUUUUAUAAAUACUG